AUGGAGAGGACCAAUGAGACAGCAGUGAGUGAAUUUGUCUUUCUUGGCUUUUCAUCACUGGCCGGGUUUCAGCAACUGCUGUUUGUGUUGUUUCUUCUCCUCUACUUGUUCACUCUGGGUACAAAUGCUGUGAUCCUAUCCACCAUCCUGCUGGAGAGAGCCCUCCAUACACCAAUGUAUUUCUUUCUUGGAAUAUUAUCUUGUUUUGAGACCUGUUACACCUUUGUCAUUGUGCCCAAGAUGCUGGUAGAUCUCCUAUCCCAGAAGAAGACCAUCUCCUUUUGGGGUUGUGUUGUUCAGAUGCUCACCUUCCUCUUUCUUGGCUGUUCUCACUCCUUUCUGCUAGCAGCCAUGGGCUAUGACCGCUAUGUGGCCAUCUGUAACCCACUUCGCUACACAGUGUUGAUGAGCCACAGGACCUGUCUGGGAUUGGUAGCUGCAGCCUGUCUCUGUGGAUUUACUGUUGCUUUGAUCAUCACUACUUUGGUGUUUCACUUGCCCUUCCAUUCCUCUAACCAACUCCAUCACUUCUUCUGUGAUAUCUCCCCUGUUCUCAAGCUGGCUUCCCACCAUACUAGUCUUAGUCAGAUGAUUAUUUUUUUGCUUAGUGUGUUGGUCCUAGUCAUCCCUCUGCUUUUAAUCCUGAUCUCCUAUAUCUAUAUCAUCUCUGCCAUCCUAAAAAUUCCCUCCACUGUGGGAAGGUACAAAGCCUUCUCUACCUGUGCCUCACAUCUUAUUGUUGUCACUGUCCACUAUGGCUGUGCCUCCUUUAUCUAUUUGAGGCCCAAGACCAACUAUACUUCGAGUCAAGAUGCUCUGAUAUCUGUGUCCUAUACCAUUCUAACUCCAUUAUUCAAUCCUAUGAUUUACAGUUUGAGAAACAAAGAGUUCAAAACAGCUCUUUGGCGAGCAAUGGGCCAAAACUUAUGUCCUAAACUUGUCGGGACUACACCUCUUGCUUAA